AUGAACGCUCGAUAUUUGAAAAAUUCGCUUGCUGUGAGAGGUUUUUUUGUGACUCUUGCUUCACAAAUGCAUAGAUUCUACAACGAGGGCAAUUCAGCCUUUAAAGAGAAAAAUUACAAGUUGGCAGCCUCAUUUUACCAAAAGGUUGUGUUUGUGCAAUUGGACUACACAUUUCCGGAGGAUGAUAACUGGGAGAAAAAGUUUGGCAGAAUAAGGGCGAAGACUAACUUAAAUAUGGCUUUAACUCAAUACAAACUUGCAAAUUAUAACGAUUGUAUAAGAUAUUGCAAUGAUAUAAUAAAUCAGACACCUGCAAAUAUAAAGGCACACACCACCAGAGGUUUAUCGCAUAUCAUGCUAUCACAACUAGAGGAUGCAAAAAAGGACUUUGAAACUAUCAUGAAACUUGACCCCUCUUCCCAGUCGGCAAAGGAACAACGCCGAAGGAUCGAUGAGAUUGUAUUUUUUUCAUGUACAUUUGUUCACUAUUCACAGGAAAAGAAGCAUAAAACCCGCGAAAAGGUGCUAUACAAAGCUAUGUUUGGUACUAGUUGA